AUGGAAAGAAAAAACAAUUCACAAGCUUUGGAAUUUAUUCUUCGUGAGUUCUCAGCAGAGCCAGAAACGCAGCCGCUCCUAUUUGUGAUUUUUCUUUCGAUGUACCUGACCACUGUGCUGGGGAACCUGCUCAUCAUCCUGGCCGUCAGCUUCGACCCCCACCUCCACACGCCCAUGUACUUCUUCCUGUCCAACCUGUCCUUCGUGGACAUCUGCUUCACCUCCACCACCGUCCCCAAGGUGCUGGUGAACAUCCAGACGCAGAGCAAAGCCAUCACCUAUGCAGGCUGCAUCACCCAGAUGUAUUUUUUUGCAGACUUUACAACUUUGGAUGCCUUGCUCUUAACCGCAAUGGCCUAUGAUCGCUUUGUGGCCAUCUGCCACCCCCUGCAUUACAUAACCACCAUGAACCCCCGGCUCUGUGUGCAGAUGGUUCUGGGGUCUUGGAUCCUAAGCAACCUGAAUUCACUGCUACACAGCUUAAUGAUGCUGCGAUUGUCCUUCUGCACAGACUUGGAAAUCCCCAACUUCUUCUGUGAUCUCAAACAGUUGCUGCAACUUGCCUGCUCCGACAACUUAUAUAAUAAUGUGGCGAUGUACUUCGCGUCUCUUCUCCUGGGCGGUAGUUCCCUGCUGGGGAUCCUUUACUCUUACUCUAAGAUAUUUUCCUCUGUACAUCGAAUCGCAUCAGCUCAGGGCAGGUAUAAAGCGUUUUCCACCUGUACAUCCCACCUCUCCGUGGUCUCCUUAUUCUAUUGUACGUGCCUUAGCAUCUACUUGAGCUCUGCCACUUCCCACAGUUCUCACUCCAGUGCCAUCGCCUCGGUGAUGUACACGGUGGUCACCCCCAUGCUGAACCCCUUCAUCUACAGCCUCAGGAACAAAGACAUCAAGAGGGCUUUGGGAACGUUCCUUAUGGUGGGGACUACAAAAUGUUGA